AUGUCUACUUCUUUUGUUCCCGCCAGCCUGGCUGCUGAGGCUGUAGUGACCUCGCCUGAGGCGCCGCAGUCUGCCAGUGGCCGCAAGAGGGCGGCGAGAGAAGAGUCUGCGGCUGCAGAGCCGGCCGCCAAGAAGGCAAGGGGCCCUCGGCGGAAGCAGAACGACCCCUGGCCAGCAGCAACUGGCAACGAGGACGUCGACGUGCCCAGACUAUGGAACUGGGUGAUGCGCGGGUCGUCGAAGCCGGCCCAACAGCUGAUCAACUUCCGGGGCCGUAGGGUCCACGUCACGGAGGCAUUCCCCAUCUGGUAUGGGGAGCAGAAGAUGCCCCCGGUCAUCAUGGGCAACCCCAAGCAGGCACUACCGCCUCUGGGCAUGGUGCCUGAAGCCACUCCGUGGCAGCCAAUUGGGGGCCUUCAACCCCCCCAGCAACAGCAGGUGUUCGCGCCUGCCCCCCCGCCCCAGCAGCAGGAGAUGUUCGCGCCUGCUACCCUGCCCCAGCCCGCCAUGCCCCAGCAGUGUUACUGCAUCCCGGGGCUCCCGCAUGAUAUGCGGGUACACCAGCGUUUGCAGGCACAGCCUGACAUGCUGGCCUACCCGCUUCUCCCCGUCAUGCCUCAGCAUGGCGACUUCCUCCCGCCUGCUGCCCCUACCAUGGGCAAUUUCGACUUUUCUGAAGGCGAUGCAGCCCUCCCGAUAGAGGGGGAUUUCGACGCCUUUCUAGCCUCGAUGGGGGAGGUCGCCCCGGCAGUAGAUGAGAACGCCGAGGUGAGCGGCGUCGAUCUGACCGAGGCCGACACGGUGGAGGAUGUGGUCGACGAAAUGUCGGCCACUGUACCUGAUCCUGAUGCCAACAUGUAUCGGGACAUGAUUGAUGACGGGGAGGUACUUGCGCUCUUCGGAGACCUCCCGCCGAUCAGUAUGGACGCCUUUCUUGACUUCGACUGA